ACGGUUUCCGCGACCAGUCGACAAAGCAUGGCCUCCAAGGUGCUCGAGCAGCUCAUCGCGCGCGGGCGCCGUGAGCGCAAGCCCUCGGAGCAGCGCGAGGUCGCCUUCAACCUCGCCGAGGUGUCGACGAACCCCGAGUUCCACGCCAAGAUGGUCGAGAAGGGCGUCGUUCGGGCGCUUCUGCACCUGAUCAACGAGUCGUCGGACGACCAGGGCCUGCGCUUUGCGUGUCUCUGCCUCGGCAACAUCUCGUCGUGCGUCGCCAUGCGCGUCCGCAUCGUCGAAGAGGGCGUCGUGCCGCCGCUGGUCGGCCUCAUGACCAAGUCCGACGGCGACGUCGUCGGGAAGCAGUAUGCGGCCAUGGCGGUCGGGAACCUCGCGGCCGAGCCCGAGAACCAAGAAGAAAUCGUCAAGCUGCACGCGAUCUCGGCGCUCGUCAACCUCCUCGACCCGGACGCGCCGUCGCUCGGCGCCUACAGCGCGUUUGCGCUCGCCAACCUCGCCAUCAACAACGAGUACCGGCCGCUCAUCGUCGAGGAGAGCGCCGUGCCCCGCCUCAUUGCGCUGGCGUGCUGCAAGGACCUCAGUGCGCAGCGCCAGGCCAUGGCGGCGCUGCGGGGCAUCUGCAUCACGCCGGCGUACCGGCUCGUGGUCGUCAAGGAAGGGAUUCUCGACCCGCUCGUGCUCCUUGCGCGCUCGGACGAGCUCGACAUUUCGCGCGAAGUCGCCGCGGCCUUUUGCACGCUCUCGUGCAUGGAGGCCAACAAGAUGGAGAUCGCCGACCGCGCGCUCCUCACGAUCCUCGCCAUGAGCUUGUCGGGCGACGCGUCCGUCGAGCAGUUUGCGUGCUGCACGCUGGCGAAUCUGCUCGAGAUGCCAGAGUUGCACCCCAAGCUCAUCCGCGAGAACGGCCUCGCGUCCCUCCUCGCGCUCGCCUCCAACGACGAGCCGAAUACCAAGGCCGAGGCUUGCCGCGCGCUCGCCAACCUCAGCGCCAACGAGGAGAUGCACGAGCCUCUCAUGGUGCAGGGUAUCUUGGACCCGAUCUCCAAGGCGCUCGUCUUCACCCACCACGUGACGCAGCGCUACGCCGCGCUCACGAUUGCGAAUCUGAGCGUGGUUGGCCGCCACCAGAUCGCGAUCGUGAGCCUCGGGCUCAUUCGGCCGCUCAUUGCUCUCGCGCAGGCGUUCGACCGCGAGCUCGAGGCGCGCCGGUACGCGGUCCUCGGCAUCGCCAACCUCGCAGCGAUGGUCGCCAACCACCCGGCGAUCCUCGAGGAAGGCGGUCUCCUCGCCCUCUUCUCGCUCUCGAGCUCGUCGGACGCACUGAGUCAGUACUACGUCGCGUAUGCACUCGCCAACCUCGCGUCCAACGACGCCAACCACAACCGGAUGAUUGAGGAAGGGGGGCUGCAGCCCAUCAUCACACUCGCGUGCUCGGCCGACUCGGACGCGCACCAGCAAGCCGCGGCUGCCCUCCGUGGGCUUAGCGUCACGCCGGCCAACAAGAUCAAGAUCGUCCAGGAAGGGGGCUUGGAGCCCCUCGUUCGGCUCCUCGGCACGGACGACGACGUCGACGUCCUCCGCGAGGUCUGCGGCGCGCUCUGCAACCUCAGCGGCAGCGAAGAAACCAAGUACGAGAUUGCGAAAAGCGGGUGCGUACCGCCGCUGCUCGCCCACGCGCAGUCCGAAGACAUGCUCGUCGCGCGCCAGUGCAGUGGCACGCUGGCCAACCUCGCCGAGGUCGAGGAGAACCAGGCGCUGAUCGCCGCCGAGCGCGGGAUUCCCCCCCUCAUCGCGUGCAUGCGGUCGCAGUUUGUCGAGGUGCAGCGCGAGGCCGGCCGCGCGCUCGCGAACCUCUGCGCGCGCCACGCCAACCACGACGAAAUCAUUGCGACCGGCGGCCACCAGCUGCUCAUCUCGUCGCUUCUGUCGCCCGACAUGGCCUGUCAGCGCGUCGGCGCGCUCGGCCUUUGCAACCUCUCGACCAACCCGGACGAGCGCGUGACGCUCAUGACCUGCGGCGCCAUGGACCCGCUCAUGUCCCUGGCGCGCUCGGAAGACGUCGAGGUCGAGAUCCAGCGCUUUGCGAUCUUGGCGAUCGCGAACCUCGCGUCCUGCGUCGAGAACCACAAGAUGAUGGUCCAAGAAGGCUCGAUUCCGCUGCUCAUCAGUCUCUCGAGCGCGCCGGACCAAGAAGUGCGCCAGUACGCGGCGUUCGCCCUCGUCAAAGUCGCGCUCAACGCCGACUUGCGCAAGAAAAUCACCGAAGAAGGCGGGCUCGAACCGGUCUUGUACCUCGCGCGCACCGAAGACUCGGACAUCCACCGCGACGUGCUCCCCGCGCUCUGCACGCUCUCGUUUGCUGAUGCCAACAAGGCCGAAAUGUGCAAGAGCGGCGGCCUACCCCCUCUCAUUGCGUCGUUGAGCAGCACGGACGGCGCGACGCACCGCCAAGCGUGCUGCGCGCUGGCCAACCUCAGCGAAAGCAUCGAAAACCAAGCGCGGAUCGUCAACAGCGGCGCGAUCGGCCCGCUCGUCGACGCGCUCAUUUCGGGCACCGAGGUCAUCCAGCGCGAGGCCGCCCGCGCGCUUGGCAACCUCGCCGCCAACUGCGACUAUGGCGAUGUCAUUCUGCAGCGGGGUGCUGUCUCGCCCCUCGUGACGCUCUUGACGUCCGAGGUCGUCGAGUGCCAGCGCAUGGCGGCCAUGGCGCUCUCCAACCUCGCGACCAACGUCGAGAACCAAGGCCGCAUGCUCAAGCUCAAGAUUCUCGACCCUGUCAUCGCGUGCUUGGAGGAGGCACUGGACCCACGCUCGGUCGCCGACAAUGAAACCAUCCGGUACUGCCUCCUCGUUCUUGCCAACCUGGCCGUGUCCCAGACGACCCACCCCGAGAUCAUGGCCCGCGGCCUGCACUUGCUCACGAGCUACGCCAAGCACCGCGACGUCAAGUGCCGGCAGUUUGCCGUCUUUGGCCUCGGUAACCUCUGCAGCAACCCGGAAAACGUCUACGCGAUCGUCGACGCGCAUGCGCUCAAGCCGCUCGUCUCGUUUGCGUUCCCUGGCGACACGAACGUCCAGUUCCAAGCCAUUGCAGCCCUCCGCGGUCUCUCGGUCAACCAAGACGUGCGCCAGCAAAUCAUGCGUCUCGGCGCGCUCGAGCCGCUCAUCCUGGCCGCGAGCUCCGAGUCCAUCGAGGUGCAGCGCGAGGUGGCCGCGACGCUCUGCAACCUCUCGAUCUGCGAAGAGAACAAGGUCACGAUGGCCCGCGGCGGGUGCCUUCCGCCGCUCAUUAGCCUCGCGACGAGCGGCGACCCGUCGCGAGAGCGCCACGCGAUCUGCGCACUCGCCAACAUCGCCGAGAUGGUCGAGGGCCACACGCAGCGCAAGAUGCUCGAGGAAGGCGUGCUCACACCGCUGUACGCGCUGACGACGUCUCCGGACAUUGAAAUUAAGCAGCAAGUCGCGCGCUGUCUGGCGCUCUUUGCGUCGAAACCGUCGUCCCAGCCGACGCUCUUGCGGAGCAACGCGCUGCAGCACAUUGUGGGUUUUGUCAAGUCGCCGGACGCCCUCUGCCAGCGCUUUGGGACGCUCGCGAUCGGGAACCUCGCGGUCUCGGCCGCCAACCACAAGGACCUCUUUGACCAGGGCGCGAUCGCCGCCUUGCUGCAUCUCGAGGCGUCGAGCGAUGCGGAGACGAGGCGGUGCCUCGCCUUUGCCAUCAACAAUGUCGCGGGCAACGAAGGUAACUGGGCGACGCUGGGCAAAAUGGGCAUACUGCGCACGAUCAUCGGGCUCAUGGGCGACGCCGACGAAGAGACGCACCUCCAGGCGUGUUUUGCAGUGCGCCGGCUGGCGCUCGAGCCCAAGACGCGCGUUCAGAUCGUGCUGCACGGCGGCCUCAAGCCGCUCUUCUCGCUGACGCUCUCCGAGUCGACCGAAGUCCAGCGCGAGGCGACUGCUGCGAUUCGGAAUUUGAGUUUGAGCGAAGACAACAAAAUCGCGAUUGUCCUCAACGGCUUACUGCCGCCGCUCGUGACGCUCGCGCACUCGGGCGACAUUGAGGUCUCCCAUCAAGCGGCCGGCAUCCUCGCCAACCUCGCCGAAGUAGUCGAGAACCAGGGCCGCAUGGUCCAGGAAGGCGUGCUCCAGCACGUCAAGUUCAUUCUGCGCUCCAAGAACGUCGACAUUCAGCGGGAGGCGGUGCGGUGUAUCGCCAACAUGUCGGCCGAGUACGCCUACACAGCAGAGAUUGCGUCCACGGGCGGCCUCGGUCCGCUCGUCGCGACGCUGAGCUCCCCGGACUUUCUCUGCCAGCGCUACGGCGCCAUGGGCCUCGCCAACCUCUCGACCAACGUUGACAACGUGUCCAAGCUAAUCCAAGACGGCGCGAUCCACCCGCUCUCGGUGCUCGCCAAGCUCGGGAACGGCGACAUUGACAGCCAGCGCUACGCCGUCUACGCGCUCACCAACCUAGCGUCCGUGCAGACAACGCACGGUCAGCUCAUUGACGCCGGCAUAAUCUCGCUCUUCACGUCGCUUCUGAACGAGGCCGAUGCGAGCAUCCGCAACGCCGCUGCAUUUGGAAUUGCCAACUUUGCCGCGUUCCCCGAGAACCACGCGCUCUUGGUCGACGCCCCCAACUGCCUCUCGUCCUUGCUGCAGCUCGUGGCGUCGGGCGACGGGAAGAGCGUGCUGCGCGCCGUCUCGGCCCUCCGCGGCCUCUCGGUCGACGCCGCCGUGCGCGACCGCAUCGUUCAAAUGGGCGGUCUUCCUCCGCUUUUGGCGCUCACGCGGUCCAAAGAUAUGGACGUUCAGCAAGAAGUGCUGGCGACGCUCUGUAAUUUGAGCUUGAGCGGCUGCAUUGGCGCGUCGCCCGACCUCUUCCUCGACGCCUGCGAUGUCCACGCGCUCAUUGCGUUUCUGUGCUCGGCGGACGCCACGUACCGUCUCUUUGGCGCCAUCACGUUGGGGAACAUUGCGUCCAAAGCCCAGCACCAAGAGACGAUCGUGGACGCUGGCGCGCUCACGCCGCUCGUCGAGCUCUCGAGCGCCGUCGACUUGGAGACGCACCGCUGCAUCGCGUUCGCGCUGUGCAACCUCGCGUCCGAGCCCAGUCGCCGGCCCAUGAUUGUCGACGCAAAAGGCAUCCCGCCGAUCAUCGCGCUCGCGUGCUCCGAGGACCCUGAGGACAAGAAAACAGCCAUCGCCGCGCUGCGGGGUCUCAGCAGCGCCCGCGAGAGCCGAGUGAAAAUCGUGCGCGACGGAGGCCUCGAGCCUCUCGUGCUGGGCGCGACGUCGAGCGACCACUUUGUGCGCCGCGAGGUGGCGGUCGCUGCCUACAACUUGUCGCUCGACGAGUCCAACAAGGUGUCGAUUGCAAAUUCCGCGCUCCUGCCGCUGCUCAUCCAGCUCGUGGGCUCGUCCGACACGGACUUGGACGCUACGACACAUGCACCGUUUCACUUGAUCGCUACCUAUGCCUGCGCGACGCUGGCGACCUUGGCCGAAGACGUCUCGACGCACGACCGCAUUUUGCGCGACCGCGGCGGCGCCUUCCUCGUCGACCUCAAAAGCGUCGACGAUCCUUGUGUGCUCUCCGAGGCGCUCAAAUGUGUGUGCAACUUGGCGUGCAACUACGCGACGCACACGCGCCUCUUGGAAGACCUCUGCCACGACCUCCUCCUGCACGCGCUGCGCCCCGGGUUUGACGAGACGAUCCGCACCUUUGGCGCCAUCGGCCUUGGCAACCUCCUCGCCAACCCCCUCACGCACGACAUUGUCAUGCGCAAAGACGUGGUGACACCCCUUUGUCGCCUCGUGGCCGACGCCGCCGCGCCCGAGCCGCAGCGCUACGCGGUGCUAGCACUCGGCAGCAUCCUCGGCAACAGCAGCUACCAUGACAAGUGCCUCGAGGCCGGCAUCUUGGUGCCUCUCGUGCAGGCGCUGAGCCACCUGCGCGCGCUCGAGACGCGCUUCUACGCGACGUUUGCUCUCGGGAAGCUCGCGAUGAACGCGACGCACCAGCGCCCUAUCGCGCGAACCGACCCGGCAGUCGACGCCACCCUCGCGCUCGUGACGCAAGGCGAGAGCAUCCACGCUCAGUGCCAAGCCGUGUCGGUGCUGCGACGCUUGGCCGUCGACGACGUCAUUCGCGCCGAGUCCAUGUCGAUCGCGCGAACACCAAGCCUACUUCCCGCGCUGGUCGUCGCCGCCAGUGCCGCGUUUCACGCCGCCUACAUUGAAUUGGACCGCGAGCUCGCGGCGCUGGCGUGCAACUGGACGCUGAGCGACGCGCACAAGCUGCCGACAGCGACGUCGCCGCUGCUCUCGCACCUCUUUCGCCUCAGCGCCUCGAGCGACAUUGAGGUCGCGCGAAACGCGUGCGGCGCCCUCGCCAACAUGGCCGAAGAGACGGAAACGCACGUGAGCAUGCUGGAGCUCCACGCGAUGCCCAACUGCGUCCGGCUCCUCCGCAGUCGCUACGUGACCGUGUACCGCGAGGGCAGUCGGUUCGCCGCCAACUUGCUCUCUUCAUCGGAGGUGCACGCGCUUUUUCUGCACGAAGAGGGGCUUCCGGGACUCAUCCGCGUCGCCAAGGCCGACGACAUCGAGUGCCAAUACAACGUCGCGCUGAGUUUGCACAAACUGUCGAUGCAAACGCAAAACCAUGCGAGCAUGCUCCAGACCAUGUGCCUCCCGUGCCUCUUUCGGCUCCUCGGCGCGCCGGGACUGGCCGUGCAGCGCCAAGCCGCUGCGGCGCUCAAAGCGCUCUGCGCCAACGUCGAGAACAAGCCGUUCGUUGCCGACAACGGCGGUAUCCCCGCCAUCAUUUCACUUCUGCGGGCGCAGGACGUCGAGCUGCAGACAAUGGCUGCCGGUGCGCUCCGGCAUCUCUCGCUGCAUUUGCCAGUCAAGACGCAGUUUGUGGCCGAGAGCGGUCUCCCCCCGCUCUUUGAAGCGUGCAAGAUCCCGAAUGAAGACUUGCAGCUCCAGUGCGCCGGCGCGCUCGCGAAUCUGAGCGAAAAUGCCAGAAACCAGACGGUGCUGGUCGCGCAGGGCGGCUUGGACGCGCUCGUGGUACUGGCGAAAGCGACGCACGCCGGCAUCAUGCAGCACACGGCGCGCGCGUUCGCCAACGUCGCCUCCAACCCCGAGAACCAAGUUAACGUCUUCUCGACGGACGAGCUCAAGGCCAUGUUCACGCUCGCGGCGUCGACCGAGGAGGCGUGUGGCACGGACGCCGCCCUCGCCCUCGGCAACAUUGCGGUGACGGCCAAGAACCAGCUGCAGAUUGCCCACCUGGGAGGGUUUGUGCCUUUGAUUGCACUGCUCACGAGUCCGUUCCCGGCCUGUCGCGAGUACGCGGCGCGGUGCCUCUACCGCCUCAGCGCCCACAAAGAGAACCAGCACCACAUUGUUGACGCCGGCGGCCUCGGGCCGCUCAUCGCGCUCGUGUCGGAUGCCGCGUUCGUCGAGUGCCAGCGCAACGCGGCCAUGGCGCUGUGUAACCUCGCGAGCUGCCACGAGAACGAGCUCCCGAUCGUCAAGGCGCACGGCCUCCCGCCGCUCAUCAAGCUGCUCGAGUCGCCGAACGCCGAGUGCACGCGGUACGCCGCCAUGACGCUCUGCAACCUCGCGGGCAACACGGCCAACCAAGUCCACAUCGUCAAGGCGCACGGCCUCAAGCCACUGAUUCGCGUCGCGUCAGACACCAACGCCGAGAGCGCACGCUACGCGUGCAUGGCGAUCGCGAAUGUGUCGACGCACCGCCAGAACCGGCUCGUGGUCGUCGACGAAGGCGCGCUGCGGCCGCUCGUGUCGCUUGCGACCUCGGACGUGCUCGAGUGCCAGCGCAGCGCGACGCUCGCCAUCUACAACGUGUCGUGCGCCGCCGUCAACCAAGUGCGCAUCGUCGAACAGAACGUGCACGUGCACUUGAUCAAACUCGCAACGUCCUCGGACACGGACUGCAAGCUGUACGCGAUCAUGGCGCUCUGCAACCUCACGGCCAACGCCGAGACGCGGAUUCCUGCGUCGCGCGCCGGCGGGCUCCAGGCGCUCGUCCUCGGCGCCCGAGACAUUGACGGCGCCAUCAAGCGCUACGCGUGCAUUGCGCUGUGCAACCUCGCGUGCGACCCGCAACUCCAGAUCCAGACCGUCGUGCACGGCGGCUUGGCCGCGAUUCUUCUGUUGUGCGACUCGGACGACGCCGACGACCAGCGGUAUGCGAUCAUGGCGCUGGCCAACUUGGCCGCGAGCGAGACCAACCACCCGACCAUGAUUGCGCGCGGCGUGCUCAAGGUCGUGCUGCGCUUGGCGACGGCGCCGCGCGACGACAUUCGGCAGUACGCCGCCUUUGCGCUCGCCAACUUUGCCGGCAACGCCGAGCACUGCAACACGAUCGGCGACGAGGGCGGCGUCGCGCCGUUGAUUGCGCUCGCGCAUUCCGAGGACCCGAACGCCCACACGCUCGCGAUCGCGGCGCUUCGGCGACUCUGCCAAGUGUCGGCCAUGAACCGCGGGCGUAUCGUGCGCGGCGGUGGCCUCGUACCCCUCGCCAUGGCCGGCCACUCGGAGGAGCUCGAGACGCAGCGAGAAGUGGCCGCGACGCUGUGUAAUCUGAGCCUCAGCGACGAGUACAAGAUGGAGAUUGUGCUCAGCGGCGCGCUGCCGCCGCUCAUCACGCUGGGGCAGUCGCCGGACGUCGAAGUCGCGCGCCAGGCAUGCGGUGCGAUCGCCAACCUUGCCGAGAAGAUUGAGACGCACGCGACGUUUGCUGCCGCGCACGGCGGGCGGUUCCUCAUCGGCCUCAUGCGCCACAAGAGCAUCGACAUCCACCGCGAGGCCUCGCGCGCCAUGGCCAACCUCCUCACCUCCUUUGGCCACCACGGCGACAUGAUCGCCGAGGGCCUCCCGGGCUUGAUCCACCUCGCGCUCAGCGUCGACACCGAGUGCCAGUACAACGCAGCGCUGGCGUUGCGGAAGCUCGCGCCCAACACUGCGAGCCACCGAGGGAUUGUGUGCGAAGGCGGGCUCAAGUCGCUUCUCUUCCUGCUCGAGUCCAAAGAAACCAACAUUCGCAAGCACGCGGUCGUCGCCCUUCGGGACAUUGCCUCCAACGCUACGUACCAAGUGCGCUUUUACGAAGAGGGCGGCGUGGGUGCGCUCGUCACGUUCGUGCGGGACGUCGAGCCCAACUUGCAGUGCCCGGCGCUCGCGGCGCUGCGCCACCUUUCCUGCGCCACCGAGCUCAAGAAGCCCAUUGUUCAGGCAGGCAUUUUGCGCCCGCUGCUCAAAUGCAUCAACCCAAGCGGUCACCACGUCGACUUGCUCUGCCAGUGCGCGGGCUUGCUCGCGAAUCUCAGCGAGCACCUCGAGAACCAGCUCACGAUGGUCGAGGAAGGCGCGACGACCGGUCUCGUCGCCCUCGGGCAUAUCGACCACGACGAGAUCCAGCAAGACGUCGCGCGCGCGCUCGCCAACUUGUCGGCCAACGAAGACAACCACAGCACGAUUUACAAGCAGGGCGGGCUCAAGUGCCUCAUUGGGCUCACGAGAAGCAAGGAGGAGGUGUGCCAGCGCUACGCGGCCAUGGGGCUCCGCUUCCUCGCGUCCAACCCGACGAUCCGCGUGCACAUUGUGCAAGAGAAUUUGCUGCCGCCCUUCUUGGCCCUGGCGCAGUCGCCAGUCCUCGACUACCAGCGCACAGCCGCGUCGGCCUUUUGCUCGUUUUCGCUCAACGAAGAAAACAAGAUGAAGCUCGUGCGCGACGGCGGCCUCACCCAGAUCCUGAAAUGCAUGCGGUACGAAGACCUCGAAGUGACGCGCGACUGCACGUUCGCGCUCGCAAACCUCGCCGACUCGUGGGAGUACCAGAUGGACAUUGUGCGGGAAGGCGGCAUCGCCACUCUCGUCCACGUCGGCGCCCACGACGACGCGCGCGUUCAGCGGGACACGGCGCGGGCCCUCGCGUCGCUCUCGGUCACCGCAGCGCUCAAGCCCGAGCUCAUGACGGCGCUGCCGACGCUUUUCAAGCUCGCGCGGUCCUUGGACGUGAGCAGUCAGCGCUACUCGACGCUCGCGAUUUGCAACCUUGCGUCCGGCCCCGACAAGGUCGCGAUCGUCGAAGCCGGCGCGGUGCGACCACUCUUGCACCUCGUGCGCUUUCCGGACCACGAGAUCCAGCGGUACGCGGCACUCGCGCUCGCCGGCCUCGCCCUCGGGGACCACGGCCACAACAAGCUGCGCAUGGUGCAGGACGGCGCAGUCCGGCCGCUCGUCGAGAUGCUGCGGUACCCGAGCGUCGAGAUACAAAAGUGCGGCUGCUUGGCGCUGAACGCACUCACGCUCGGAAAGCACGCGGCGACGAAGCUCGCCGUGCUCCAAGAAGACGGGCUUCUGCCGCUAUUGGCGCUCUUGAGUGCGUCCGACAUGGAGUGCGUGCGCAUCGCGCUCUACUGCGUCGGGUCCAUCGCAGAGCAUAUCGAUGUGCUCACGAAACUGCUCGAGCUCGGCGCAUUGGCGCACAUUGUGCACCAGAGCCGCCAGCCGGACCUCGAGGUGAAGCGCAACUGCGGGUACAUUUUGGCGCUCGCGGUCGAGCACCACGAGUUCCACGACGACUUUGUGCGCGAGGGCGGCAUGCAGAUCGUGGUGCACCUCGCGUCAAUCGAGGACAUCGAGUGUCAAGAGUACGCGACGUUUGCGCUCGCCCACCUCGCCUCCAACCGCGAGUACCAGGUGAAGCUUGUGGGCAUGGGCGCGCUGCGGCCGCUGAUCGCGAUCAUGUCGGUCAACGCCGAGCCGCGCCAUUACGCGGGCCUCGCCUUGCUCAAGCUCGCCGACAACUACGAAAACCACAUCAAGAUCGCCGAAGAAGGCGGGAUCCAAGCGCUCUUGCGCAUCGCGCGCGCCCGCUCGACCGACGAAGAGCUGCAGUACAAGGCGUCCAUGAGCCUCGGCCAGCUGGCGGCCAACGCGACCAAGGUCAUGCCCAAAGGACGGCACAGCAACGAUGGCGUUGGCGCAGGCGCGUCGCGCAUGGCAGCCACGACCGAGCAGCUGCAAGCUCGCAAAGCGCGCGAAACCACCACCGAGUACAUUGAAAAAAAGAUUCGCUCCCAGACCCAAGGAGAUACCAACGAAUGAGCAUUGAUAUCCUACGAAUAUAUGUACGAUUUGUGUCCUAUGA